AUGUGGAUCGAGAGGAAGAAAUUCUCGAUAUUGUACAUGAAUGAAACCCCAUCUAUCAGUACUCGAUAUAUUGCGAAUCGUCCCGUGCAAGAGUUACUACCGCGAGAUCAUCAAUAUCGUCGCGAGUACUGUCGAUGGUUGCUACACAAAAACAUUGAUGAACCAGAUUUUCUCAACCAUGUGUUGUGGACUGACGAAGAGGGAUUCACACGAGAUGGAAUUAUGAAUAUGCAUAAUCUACAUGUUUGGUCUGAUGUGAAUCCUCAUGCAACACGACCCAUCUCAUUCCAACAUCGAUUUUCUGUGAAUGUUUGGGCAGGUAUUAUUGACAAUAAUUUAAUCGGCCCCUACAUAAUGGAAGAUAGAAUUAAUGGUGCCAGAUAUCUCAACUUCCUUGAUAACAAAAUACACAUACUACUGGAAGAUAUACCCCUACACACUCGACGACAAAUGUGGUACCAAUUAGAUGGCGCUCCAGCGCAUUUUACACGUCCGGAAAUGGUUUACAAUUCCGUAAUAGAAAAUAGAGACCAUCUUGUGCAAAGGAUUCAUGAAGCUGCAGCACACAUACGACAGCGCAGAUUUUGUGAUAAUCUGAAACAUGAAGUCCUAGUGUGCGCUGAAUUAUGCUUACGCAAUAGAGGAGCACAUAUUGAACACCUUCUGCAGUAA